CGACUUCACUUCAUUCCUACUCUUUCCUCAGUCUCUCCUCCUUAAAUUGGAUUCCUUUCGUUCUCAAUCGGGAAAGUCAUCUCCUUUAGGGUUCUCCCAAGUCAAAAAAGGAUAUUUUCUCGUCACUGUUCCAAAGAUCUUUCCUUUUGUUUUUAGUAUAUGUAAUAAUCAAAGCUUGCUCAUUCCCGUGAUCCCCAUUGAGCAACUUGCCCUCGCCUUUGAUUUCGCUAGAACAUUUCUUAACAAUGUGCAAAAGCUUAGUACUUUGAUUUAAGUUCUCUAGGGUUUCUUGGUUUGUGAUUCUCGACAAAAAGUCGGAGACUUUAGGUUCAAUGUCGGCUCCACCGCGAGUGGAUUCCGCUGGUAGCAAGCUUCAGCAGAAACAGCCCGUGAAGAAGCAUCUGUCUGAUAACGCGAAAAGCCUAACCUUUACGGCGAAGAGGAUGCCUCUAAGCCCUUCGAUUCUGAGGCGAAACGGUGUCUCCAUGAACGCAUCUUAUUCCUCGGAGGCGUCGUCUUCGUGCGAGUCGUCGCCGUUGAGUAUUGCGUCUUCUUCGAGCGGGAAGAGGGCUCUGCGGCGUAGCGGGUCGAACUCUCUGAGAGGGAACCUGACGGAGGAGAGAGGUGAUUGCUUCUCUGAUGGUCGUAGAAGAUGCGCUUGGAUCACUCCCAAAUCUGACCAAUGUUACAUUGCAUUCCACGAUGAAGAGUGGGGAGUUCCUGUCCAUGAUGACAAGAAACUUUUCGAGUUGUUAAGCCUCUCUGGUGCUCUUGCUGAGCUAUCCUGGAAAGACAUCCUUUCCAAAAGACAAUCAUUCAGGGAAGUGUUCAUGGACUUUGAUCCAGCUGCAAUAUCUGAACUAACUAACAAAAAGAUAACAUCUCCUGACUCAUUACUAUCAGAGCAAAAGCUACGGUCCAUCCUCGAGAACGCAAACCAAGUUCGCAAGAUAAUAGUUGAGUUUGGAUCGUUUGACAAGUACAUUUGGAACUUCGUUAACCAUAAGCCUACUCAGAGUCGGUCCCGGUACCAACGCCAAGUCCCUGCGAAGACUUCCAAAGCCGAGCUGAUAAGCAAAGACCUUGUUCGCAGAGGCUUUAGAAGUGUUAGUCCAACGGUUAUCUACUCGUUCAUGCAAACAGCUGGUCUCACUAACGACCAUCUCACUAGCUGCUUCAGACACCACGAGUGCAUGUCCAAGGACGAAGCCGUUAGCUAAAGGAAACCCAAAGGCUGUCCAAGAGAGAUAGUUGUUUAACAAUGUGCUGCUUAGUUUGUUGGUUAUGUGUUUGCAUUUGUACAGAUGUUUUUGUUGUCAAACUAGGAGUAUAGUUUCUUGAUUAUGUGAGAUUGCUUUGAAAACGAUUACUACAUGUUACAUAUAAUAUAUUCUACUCUCUUUGUCUCA